UUUAUUGUUUCUCAGGGAGAUUGGUUUGUGGUGUUUUUUUUUUAAUAGGAUGCCAAAUGACACGUGUAAGCAAAGGUUUAAAAGUUUGAAGUAGUUGCAGGAGGCACUCCUUUUGCCCCAGCAUACAGCACAGACAGCAUUCAUGAAACAGCUUCUGUAGAUCUAAUCACCAACUACCAGAACAGCAAUGGAUUCUUCUACUUGGCCAACCACAACAGCAAUGAAUGCUUCUACUUGCUCUUCUAAUGCUACUAUUUGUGAUGAAGACUCCUGUGUGUUGGAUGACAGUAAUUACAACGUAAUUCUAAGUACUGUUCUAAGUACUGUUCUUACCACCAUGUUGGCUUUAGUGAUGUUUUCCAUGGGUUGCAAUGUGGAAAUCAUGAAAUUCUGGGCUCACAUUAAGAGACCAUGGGGCAUAUUUGUGGGCUUCCUUUGCCAGUUUGGACUUAUGCCCCUCAUAGGCUUUACCCUCUCAUUGGCCUUUGACAUCCUCCCUGUCCAGGCUGUUGUUGUGCUCAUUAUGGGCUGUUGUCCAGGAGGAACAUCUUCCAAUGUUUUGGCUUACUGGACUGAUGGUGACAUGGACCUGAGUAUCAGCAUGACAACAUGUUCUACCCUGCUUGCCUUGGGAAUGAUGCCUCUUUGUCUCCUUAUUUAUACAAAAAUGUGGACUGAUACUGGGUUGAUUAAAAUUCCCUAUGAUAGUUUAGGUAUUUCUUUAGCUGCUCUCCUCAUUCCCAUUUCUGUGGGAAUAGUUGUCAAAAACAAAUGGCCAGACCAAGCCAAGAUCAUCCUUAAGGUCGGUUCCAUUUCAGGUGUAAUUCUCAUAGUGAUCACAGCAGUGAUUGGAGGCGUAUUGUAUGAGGGUGCCUGGAUUAUUCAUCCUAAAUUGUGGAUUAUAGGAGCAUUGUUUCCUUUCUUUGGUUAUCUACUGGGCUUCAUCCUAGCUCGGAUAGCUGGUCUGUCCUGGCAAAGAUGUCGUACAGUGUCUUUGGAAACAGGAAUGCAGAACGCUCAGCUGUGUUCAACGAUAGUACAACUGUCCUUCUCCCAAGAAGAGCUUAAUGAGAUGUUUACCUUUCCACUAAUAUAUAGCAUUUUCCAACUUGUGAUGGCAGCAAUAUUCGUGGGAAUCUACCUCUUUUACAAGAAACGGUCUGGCAAAACUAGGGCGGAAUUUGCAGAGAACAACAAAAAUAGAAUAGAGUCUGAGCCAUCCAAUUGUGUGCAGAAUGGAGGAUUUUCUCUGCAAGAAAACUAGACUCCAAUGGAAACAGGAGAAGACUUCCAUGGAAGAUGUUUGUUUUGUAACUUCUUUUAAAAUCUUUGAUUUGGUAAAACAUUUGACUGGGAAAAAAAAGUGAAAUGUAAGUUUCUGAUUGAAGCCACCUAUUGAAUUCCGGGAUAACUUACUGGUGGUCCUAUGUUGAUGUUACAAAGGUUUGUCAAGAACAGCUGAUUUUAAUUUCCACCAAGAACAAAUAUUCUAAGGGUCACUAUGAGGACCUCAUAACAAUUGCCUUAGAUUUCCUUCUGGGUAACUCUUUGAGUUUUUUUUUUUAUCACCCUGA